UGACGAUGGCGCUGGUGAAGCAGAUCUUGCAGUCUCUCACGAGGCACUUCACCAAUGAAGGUCCUUGCGGCAAGGACCCUGGCAAGGGGUCGAGGCACUGGCUGUGCAACUACUGCGAGACGCGGUUCGUUGGCACGAAGUCAGUCCUCGAGAGGCACUUCCGAGCUUGUGACUCGUGCAUUGACAGCGGAGGAGAGGGUGACCAGAAUUCAGGGCAUCCGGCUGGGGAAACACCAGGCCAGUCUGAUCGAAGGCGCAACUGGUGGAAGUGGUGGUCCAAGCACAGGACCGUCUUCUAGCAGUUUCGUGCCUCCAGCAUCAUCAGCACAGAGGCCGAGUGAUGGUGAGACGUCCUCGCCUGCAGGAUGGAGACAUGCUUCCCUCCUGCCCCUGGAGGUGGUGGACGGUCGGGAGGAAGUGUCGGGGCGCGGGCGGCGCAAGAAGAAGGCAACGGCAUCGGACGUUGCUGAGGAACAGCCGGUUCAGAAACGAAAGAGGAAGGUCGCAGAGGAGGAUGCAGCACCAAAAAAGAAGAGAGGGCGGCCUCCGCUUUCGCCCUCGAAGAAGGCUGCAAAUGCAGCAGCAUGUGCAGAGGCCGCAAGGGCUGCAGCAGCCGAGGUGGGAAGGCCUUCGAGGAAGAGAACGGCCGAGGUGAUCGAGGAUGACGAAGAAAAUCCGGGUCCCAGCCGGAAAAAGCAGUCUUCUUCAUCCUCGUCAUCGUCGUCCGAAGACAGUUCACCGCAGGAGGAGGAGGAAACGUCCCAGCAAUCGGACGAUAGUGGAGAGGCGGACGGCGAUGAGUCGGAUGAGGACAAGUCGCAGGCGGAGUCAGACGGGGAAGAACAGUCCGGGGAGGAGGACGAGUAGACACUUGUGAAUUAGUAUAGUGAGGGUAGUGUGUCCUCGUGCGCUUUUGUGGUCCUGAAACAACAAACUUUGCAAACUCCG